ACAUUAAAGACAACAGAUAUAAUUAACUGUUUAUUUAAAGAAAAAGUAACAUGGCUCUCCGUUUGAUUUCCAAGAAAGCAGCUUCUGCCGCCAUUGCUGCCCGUCCUUCUUUAAUCAAUGCCUCUCGCCAAUCUUUGGGAGCUACUGCUGUUCGUCACUACACCACUCAAAAAGAAGUUGAACCCAAAGAAAAGGCCAACAGCAUUAUCAACAGCCUUCCUGGUAACUCUUUAGUUACCAAGACUGGCUUUGUUACUUUGAGCACUGGUCUUGCUACUUUUUUGAUUUCCAAGGAAAUCUAUGUCUUUAAUGAAGAAACCUUGGUUUUGAUUGCCACAACUGGUCUUCUUGGUCUUCUCAUCAAGUACCUUAGAGAACCCUUCAUGAACAUGGCUGACGAACAUGUUGCUCGUAUCAAAAACGUCUUGAUCCAAGCUCGUGAAGACCACAAGGCUGCUGUUCAAGAACGCAUUGAUGAAGCUGGUCAAAUGAGAGACUUGGUUGAUGUCACCAAGGCUCUUUUUGAACUUUCUCGUGAAACUGCCAAGUUGGAGGCUGAAGCUUUUGAAUUGAAGCAAAAGGUUGCUGUUGCUGCUGAAGUCAAGACCACCUUGGACUCUUGGGUUCGUCAUGAAGCCAGCAUCCGUGAACGUGAACAAAAGCAAUUGGCUGCUUACUUGAUUGAAAAGAUCAAUAAGGAUUUACAAGAUCCCAAGAUUCAACAACAAAUUCUCGACCAAGCCAUCACUGAUGUUCAAAGAAUUGCAAAGACCCACUAAAGAAUAUUAUUUUUUGUAUAUCGUCCAUACACUACACACUCUCACACACUUACACACACACGCACACACACAUUUAAAACACGUUUCUCUUUACACUGUAUGUUUAUUUUGUCUAAGGACUAGUGUUUGUCUUUGUUAAAUUUCAUUGGAUGAUUU